UUAAACUAUUGAAGUAACUUUUUUUGUCAUGUUAAAAGUUUUAAUAACAUUAAUAUCAUUGUAGAAACUAAAUAAACUGUUCAAAAUUAAGUUUAAAUAAAGUUUUUUGUGAUGUUUCAAGUUGUAUAACUGUUUAUUGUUUUGUGUAGGUGGCUAUCUAUGUGGAUCGGUUUGUCCCAUUGUGAAAGUGUAUUUUCGCAUAAAAUUUAGAUCCCAUUGUUUAAAUCAUUCUGGGUAACUGCUGAGAAAAUGCCAAGUUUGUGCCUUGCGUAAAAUAUAAGAAGUUAAUUGUUUGAGUGUAGUGUAUUGAUGGUGUGAUAUAUGAUUUCUCAAUUUUGGAAAAACAUCACCGGUGUAAAUACAAAAUGAAUAUACAAUCACAAGAUAAUAUCAGAAUUAUAUCUUCAGACGAAGGCGGCGGCAGUUCUGACUCCAGGUCGGACAGCAGCGAGGACGAGGUGACGGAACACGUGACCCCAACUCCAACAAUGGCCGCCGCCAGGGCACAGGUACCAAUACAAGUGCCCACGAUAAGCGUGACGCCGCACAGUCCAGGCGUGCUCGACGACAGUCUCCAACAGUUGCGACGGUUGCACGCGGCGGUGCAACGUAUGCGAGCUGCUCCCUUGCCACUACUGGCAACAGGUACCAGUCGUUUAAGCACUUCAUGUCCAUCACUCUGCAAAGAUGGCGUCGUCGAGCCAGAGUGUUCGUCGCCCACACACUUGGAUUUUUACCCACAGAGUAGAAAAGGCAGCUGUGAAUCUCGUCAAUGGGGUAUAUGGGAGCGACGCGAUGAAGGUCGACGGAGCUCGUGGGCGGCGCUGGAGCCUGGAGCCAGGUUACACGAUACGCAAAGGCAGCGUAGUACUCUCAAUGGACACAGCGCUUCGCUAUCGUCCAUGGAGUCGGAGAGCGAAGUUCCGCGGCCGGUGCGGCACUCGACACACUCGCUGAAUGACAAUGAUCUCGCUAAGGAGUUCGAGAAGGUGACGGCGGCGCUGCGCGCGGCGGCCGGCGAGCCCGCGCCCUCGGCCGCCGCGCGCCUCGUGCCGCGCCUGCCGCUGCAGAAGUCCGUGUCCACGCCCAGCAUCGUGGCCGCCGUGCACCCCGCGCAGCCGCCGCCGCCGCCCAACGCCCUGUCGGCCGGUGGUGCGAGCGAGACGGAAAGCGACGAAGACGCGUCCGCGGCGACCGUCGGCGCCACCACACAAUUACCCGGCAGAAGGAACAAUACCCACCAGGAACAUCUCGGAUUGCAUCGAUUGGCCUUCUUGGAACAGGCGGCGUACGACCACCACGCCGAGAAGCGACGAAAACGAGGCAGUUUAUUCUUUAGGAAGAAGAAGGACAAGUCGCGCAAAGCGGCGCACGCGUGGCAGGCGGCGCCGGCCGCGGGCCACUGCGACUGGUGCGCGCGCGCGCUCGCCGACGCGCCCGCGCUCUACUGCGACCAUUGCACAAUGACGGUACAUCAGAACGUGUGCAAAGAUUACAUCGUGGAAUGCAAUAAACCUAAGUCUUCAAAGACUUCAGUGGGUAAAUCUCUAACAGCCAGCAGCGGGAAAAGCAGCAAGCGUAGUUCUGUAUCUGGCCAGUCGCAAAACUCAAAUAGCACGAGCCACAUUUAUAACGACGAGAAGGACGGAUCCGAUCACAAGCAUGAUCAGAGCAAUGCAUCAGAUGACGCUGGAGGAACAGAAUGGCCAGAAGUUUACAUAACUCCCGAUCAACUCGGUGAGGAGGCCAUAUUACUCGGCCUAGGAGCUUCGGAACCCGAUACCUGGGCAGCGGGCGCGCCUAAAGGACUCGCGAAAUCAAUUGGCGAUAGAGAGACGAAGCGGCAGGAGCAUAUAUAUGAAUUAAUUUUGACGGAAAAACAUCACUGUCUCACAAUACGACUCAUGCAAAAGAUGUUCGCGGAGGGCAUGUCGCGGCUGGGCGGCGUGUCGGAGGCGCAGGUGGCGCGCAUGUUCCCGCGGCUGGACGAGCUGUGGGCGCUGCACGCGGCGCUGCUGGCGCGCCUGCGCGCCCGCCAGCGCGCCGCGCCGCGCGUCGCCUCCGUGGCCGACAUCCUCGCCGACACCUUCGCGCCGCCCGCGCACCACCGCCUCAAGGCCGCCUACGGCGAGUUCUGCGCGCGUCACCGCGACGCGGUGGAGGUGUUCAAGGAGUGCUGCGCGCGCGAGCCGCGAGUCGCGAGGUUCAUACGCAAGUGCCAGCAGAACCCGCUGCUCAGGAAGAAGGGUGUACCUGAAUGUGUGUUAUUCGUAGCACAACGACUCACAAAAUAUCCGUUGUUGCUCGAACCACUGUUGAAAACGGCCGGAGAUGACGUCACUGAAAGGGAAUUAUUACAAAAAGCUCUAUGUGGAGUUAAGGAAAUCUUAGUGGAUGUAGACAACCAAGUGGCAGCUAAGGAGAGAGAGGAUCGGAAGCUAGAGAUAUAUCACCGUAUCGACGCUAAAUCUUUCUCUAACUUUCGCGGUAGGAAAUUUAAGAAGAGCGACAUACUUCAAGGAAAUAGAAGUCUAAAAUUCGAAGGUGUCGCGACGUUGAUGCAAGGACGGAGCAAGAUGCAGACACUACUCGUGAUAGUUUUGACGGACGUGCUGUUCUUCUUGCACGAUAACAACAAUAAAUAUACCUUCUUCACGCCGGACAAUAAGACGGGCGUGGUGUCGCUGUGGAAGCUGCUGGUGCGCGAGAAGGCGGGCGCGGAGGGCCGCGGCCUGUACCUCAUCUGCAACGGGCCGCCCGAGCCCGAGAUGUUCGAGCUGCGCGUGCACCGGCCCAAGGACAUCGCGCACUGGAUACACGCCGUCAGAGCCGCAGUACAGAGCUGCCCAGAAGAAGUUGAGGAAUCCGAAGCGGGCGUGACGGCGACAUCUGCUGAAGAGAGACAGAGACAGCUAGAAGCGAGGCACGAGAAUAUAAGACUGAUAACUGAGGCUUUGAGAGCAAAAGACAGAGAACAUGCUCAGCUUCUCGAAGAAAAAAUGGCGCUACACAUGAAAAUGGUCGGUCACACCGGAUCUUCCACGUUGGAUGUACCAAAUACAGGCAUGUCGUCCGCGUUCCCCGGCGGGCUCGUGUUCCCCGACUACGUGCGCCUGGCCGCGCCCUCGCCCGACACGCACGCGCUGUGGCAGGAGGUCUGCAAGGUCGUCAAGGAGGCGCUGGAGGCGUCGAGCGCGGGCUGGUCGCUGUGGGCGGGCGGCGGCGCGCUGGGCCGCAGCACGAGCUCGGCGGGCGAGCGCCACUCGGCGCACUACACCAGCCCCGCGCUGCCGCGCCGCGCCGACACCUUCGCCGGCUUCGACGCCGCGCAGCACCGCGGAGUCCAGAUGUCAGUCCGAUUGUCAGCAUCGGACACGCCCCCCGCAGAGGGGGGUGAGGGUGAGGGCGAGGGAAGGAGUUGUCGUGAUGAGGCCGACGUAGCGCUCAAGCUGCAGCACGCGAUAUACACGCUCGCCUGUAUCGUGUGGCAGCAACUGACCACCAUACACAGCCUGGAGGCGCAGGUGUGCGCGUGGCGCGCGGGCGCGGGCUCGGGGCUGGCGCGCGCGCACGACGCGCAGCUGGAGGAGCUGCGCCACGCGCAGGCGCGCCUCACCGCCGAGCGCGCCAGCUGGGAGGCGCAGCGCCAGCUCGACAACGACGCGCUCGACCGCGAACGGAGACAGUUGCAAGCGGCGAGGAAGGACUUGGAGGAGCAACAGAAGGACGUCGAGCAGCAGAGGGAGCGGCUUUACCGGCGGCUGGAGCGACUGCAACAGCAUGGUGGUUCACAAGAAGAAAUCGCAAGUGUCGGAACCCUCUCGCCCGAUUCUAGCGUCAGCGAUACGAACCGACGGAAAGAGCCAAAAUGGAGAGCCAGCCGCGGCUCGUCGUCGUCGGAGGGCGCGUGCGCGCCGCCGCAGCUGCUGUCGGCGCACAACGAGACGCGCGCCACCGUGCGGGCGCCCGCGCAGCAAGUGGUUAAACAGCAGCUACCCCUGAAGCUGGCGAGCGGUAAGAGCCAGCAGGCGCCGCCCGGCUACCAUCGCCUGCACGAGUCGCCCAGCGAGGUAAGUCAGGGCCUUGUGAUUCAUCACACCCGCACAGGCAGCUCCCCCGCACCGCUGCCUUCGCAGCAGCAGCAGCUCAACAACAACAAGGCGACCAGAACAAACACGUACCCCAAGCUGCCGGACAAGUUCCGCGUGCGCGCGCCCGAGGCGGCCGCGCCCUCGCCCGCCGCGCCCGAGGAGGAGGUCAUCUACUUCUGACACGACGCGCCCGCUUCCUGAGACUGCCUCAUCUCCUGAAUCCCCCCUCCCUAUCCACUGCCUCCCCGCUACCCCGCCUCCUCUGAUCUCUCUCUCAACGCCUUCCCCCUCUUCCUCCUGCCUGGCCCCGACUGGGUAUGUUGGUAUCCACUUGAUUCAUAAUAGAAUACUCUCUAGUUUAGAAGUUAUGUUGAUGUUUGUGUAUUAGUUGAAUAGAAAGGAAAUAAAAUUAAAUAACUGUUUUUUUUUUUCGAAUCAAUUGUAAUGUGCUUUAUAUUAUUAUAAAGUAUAAAUAGCGAGUAUUAUUAAAUUUUAAAUUUAUAA